CAAGAAAAUCAAAUGAAAUCCGAGAAUCCAGGGGAAAUUGAUUUCUCCUCCACAGACAGCAACAGCAGCACAGAACAGCACCGGGAACUGUUUCCCAGCUGGAAGAUCGCCGGCAUCUGACUGACGUUCAUCUGAAACCGAAAGAGCAGUUUCAGGCGUCUCUGCUUCAACCAUUCAUCAUCUGCAUUUGCUUACAUUUUUCAGUUUUCUUUCUCUGUCCCCUUAAUUUCGUCUCUUUCUAUCGUUUAUCAACACAUCUGUGCUUAUCUCUGGCACUACAACUUCGUCAUACCUUCCACUGGCAUUUGCUUCAAUCUGUGGGAGGAGGACUCGCACUUGCUUGCUCACAGCCAUGGUGAAGAGGCGUUUGUAUCAAUCCUGGCAUCCAAUCGGUGAAUAUCCUUUUGAAGCAUUUUGUCACGGAUCAUGGAAGACUGUAGAGCAUUUAAGAAUCCGGGAUGGAAGUAUAGCAAUGCAUUUUAAGAAUCAUGCUUAUGAGAUAGAAGAUACAAUCUCUAUCAGUAACCUUCGCAUACGAUCUAGAAGAGCAUGCCUUUCUGAUUGCACAUGCUUCUUGAGGCCUGGUCUAGAUGUAUGUAUACUUCCAUCACAUUCUGAUAAAGCUGCAGAUGAAGGAGGUAUACACUUGGAAYAUGUUGAUGCUAAGAUAAGUUCAAUUGAGAGGAAGCCCCAUGACUCUGGUUGUGCAUGCCGGUUUUAUGUAAUAUGCUAUAGAGCCCAAGAACCUCACAGCAUGGCAAAGAUGACACUUGGGGAAGAAAUCAGAGAAGUAAAACUUGAAAAUAUUGGUAUCUUACAAAAACUUCAGAGAAAACCUUCAGAAGAUGUCUACUAUCGUUGGAGAUACUCUGAAGACUGCUCCUUCAUGCAUAGAGCUAUACUACAUCGCGGUCAGUUCUCUUCUGAUAUAUCAUGGCUACUGGUUGCGUCCAUUUGGAAAGGACUUGGGUUUGAUGUCAAAACAGUGCAAAAUAAAAUGGUCUAUCAACUUCUUGAUAGUGAUCAUGACAUGUGUCCUCCAACUUCCUUGAACAAUGUAAAGACCAUAAACUUCCAAAUUGAUAAUGAAGUUAUGAAGCCCAGUAAUAUGAACUUUUCCCCUGUGGUUCCUGUAAAUACAUUUGUUUUAAAUGAUCCUAUGGAUGUGGAUCUUGUUCAUGAUAUGAAAGAAGAUAAGCCUUUUCCAUUUUACAAUUUCCUGGAUUUGCGGCGUUCCAAACGCAGACAUGUGCAGCCUGAGCGUUUUGUCAGCCAUUGUGAUUUUUCAAAGGCAAAGCCUUGUUCAUUUAAAGCAGAAACAAGCAAAAAAACCAGAUUGAAAGAAGAAGAAAUAUUGUCCAAUAUAUCGUGUGAAGCUGGUAAAAGUCAUUCAGUAUGUUCCCACUUUGAGCAGAAGUUUCUGGUGGCCAAAAACAUGACAAGGGAGGUCAAGUCAGGCAUGUUUAAUAGAAAGCAAAGUGGGAAACCACUUGUUGAGAAUUACCAGAAGCAUAAAACUGCUGCUGCAUAUAAAAGACCUGUAGAAAACAAGGGCUUGUCAACAGGUGUUUCAUGCUUCAAGAAAGUGCCAGAGAGAACAACUGGAGGGGAAAAUUCUUCAUCAACUAACCAUGAUGUUUCAAUCCCCUGUGCUUUCCCUGGUAUUCCUAUGCCUGUUACUGUCAAAAUUGAACCUGAGCUGUAUGAAAGGAACCAUCUUUGUAAGAAAACCCAUGCUAAUCAUGUAAAAGAGAUAUCUAAGAUCGUAAGUAGGCAUGAUAGCAGAAAGCGAAAUGAUGUACCUGAUAAGAGACGUAGGGAGGUUGAAAAUAGAUGGAAGGCAACGGUCUCACAUGGGAAGAAGUUUUGUAAAGCAGCCAGUAGGAGGAAAAUAUUCUUAAGUACCAGUGAGUACAAAGAAAUGAUUGAAAGGUGCAUGAAGAACAUAGAAUCUGAGACCAAGAGGGAACACCUGCCUGUUGUUGAUCAGUGGGAAGCAAUUCAAGCAGUAAAUCUUUCAAGCAAGAGGUGGUUCUGUAACUUGACAUCUAUAACAAUUGAUCAGGCAGAAGAGCCAGAGCUUAAAGUUAUGUGGGAAGAAAUGGAGCUUUCAAUGGCAACAUUUCAUUUUCUAGCAGAGAAUCAGGGUUCACAUAUUGGAUUGUCCAGUGAGAUUCCAAACUUGAGCAGAGAUGGACAAUCAUGCCAACAUGAAUAUAAGAUGGAUGAACAAAUUGGGAUUAUAUGUCAAUUGUGUGGCUUUGUGAGCACUGAAAUAAGAGAUAUAUCACCUCCCUUUUUGCAAAGAACAGGUUGGAUCACGAGCAAGGAGCUGCACAAUGGAGACAAAUCAGGGACAACACUGACCAAACAUGGCAACCUGGAUCUUUUCCAAACUACUGUUUCUUCUAGGAACAUAUCAUUUUCAGAAAGGAAUGAUAAUGUCUGGGCCUUGAUACCAGACCUCAAAAUGAAAUUACAUUUCCACCAAAAGAAAGGAUUUGAAUUUCUGUGGAGAAAUAUUGCAGGAUCUUUAAUACCGGCAGAUAUGCAACCCACAUUAAGAAGAACAGGUGGUUGCAUAAUCUCUCAUUCACCAGGGGCUGGAAAAACCCUGCUCAUAAUAUCAUUCCUUGAAAGCUAUCUGAAGUUGUUCCCUGGAAAAAAGCCUUUGAUCCUUGCUCCAAAGACCACUCUGUACACCUGGUGUAAAGAGUUUAAGAAGUGGGAUGUAUCAUUUCCAGUUCACCAGAUCCAUGUUCGGCGGAACUACAUAAAUGAGAUCCGUAGUCAGCGAUGCAGAGAAUCUGUUGGUGGUCGUAGAGCUAACCAGGUGGUGAUGCAUGCAAUUGAUUGCCUGGAGAAAAUACAAAAAUGGCAUGAACAUCCAAGUAUUCUUCUCAUGGGUUACACUUCAUUUCUCUCCUUGACCCGAGAAGACUCAAAGCAUGAAUACAGGAGAUGCAUGGGUAGAAUCUUAAGAGAAAGUCCAGGAAUUCUUAUCCUUGACGAAGGGCAUAACCCAAGAAACACCGGAUCAAGAUUAAGGAAAUCAUUGAUGAGAGUGAACACUGGCUUGAGAAUUUUACUUUCUGGGACAUUGUUCCAGAAUAAUUUUGUGGAAUACUUCAACACCCUCUGCUUGGCAAGACCAAGUUUUAUUUCUGAGGUAUUAGAGGAGUUUGAUUCAAAAUUUAAAAAUCGUAAAGGGAAGAAGAAUGUAAGUUCUUUGGAAGAGAGCAAAGCAAGAAGCAUGUUCAUAGAGAAUAUUGCAAAGAAAAUCAACUCAAGAGUGGCAGAGGUUAGGAAACAUGGUCUUGAUAUGUUGAUGAGCAUUACAAAAGGGUUUAUUGAUGUCUAUGAAGGUGGGAAAUUGGAUGGGCUUCCUGAUUUGCAAACUUAUACUUUGUCAUUGAAACCAACAUCCAUACAACAAAAGAUUCUAUCUAAGCUACAGGAUUACAAGGAUUCAUGCAGGGGAAAUCCUCUAGAACUGGACCUAUUGAUCACACUGGGGUCGAUACACCCUUGGUUGAUAAAAACUGUAGCAGGUGCAGGUAAAUACUUAAGUUCGGAGGAACUAGAAAAUCUUGCAGAAAAUAGGGUUGACGUGAACAAAGGUCCAAAGUUGAGAUUUGUGGUGAGCCUUGUGCAUGGGUGCAGUAGCAAGAGGGAGAAGGUUUUGGUUUUCUGUCAUAAUAUUGCACCCAUUAAUUUUCUUGUGGAGAUAUUUGAGAGGUUUUUUGGGUGGAAGGCAGGUGAACAGGUUUUGGUCCUUAAAGGUGAUCAAGAGUUAUUUGAACGUGCAAGAGUGAUGGAUCAGUUCGAAGAACCAGGUGGGGCCUCAAGGCUACUCCUUGCUUCUAUUACAGCUUGUGCCGAAGGAAUUAGUUUAACUGCUGCUUCACGUGUUGUUUUGUUGGAUUCGGAGUGGAACCCUUCGAAGACAAAGCAGGCUAUUGCAAGGGCAUUUAGGCCUGGUCAGGAACGCGUAGUUUAUGUUUAUCAACUCUUGGCAUCAGGGACUUGGGAAGAAGAGAAAUAUGGAAAAACCAUAUAUAAAGAGUGGGUCUCAAGUAUGAUUUUCAAUGGGGCCCUUGUAGAGGAUCCUUCUUGCAGACAAACCCAGAACAUUGAUGAUGACGUUCUGAGGCAAAUAGUGGAGGAUGAUGCCAAAUUAUUCCACCAGAUAACAAAACAUGAGAAACUUUUCAAUGCAUUUGUCAGCAGUACUUGAGCUUCACCGACUUCUGCAAAGAAAUCCAUCUUUUUGUUUUUGGUCUAUAUUUGUACAGAUCACCUGUACUUAAUCGUUUAUGAAGAAGGUAGGAGAUGAAGGAGCAUCAACUAUGAAAAUAUGUAAAAUAACUUUUCUUUUUGUUGUC